UGCCCUAGGUAAAGCCUAUAUCUAGGAAAACUCGUUCACGAUCCCUCCACACAAGUAAAAAGAAAGUUAAAGGAACACAACAAUUAUUUCCAAAGCACAUAAACAGAAGAGGGACUUGUCGACCUACAGGCCAAUGCUUCACUUCAUCGUGCGUAUAUUACAAUCAACUCUCCCUUUACGGCCGUGUGCGAUUUAUAGCCCUCGAGAUUUGCCAGCCGAUAAACUCGGUAGACUACACGGACAUAAACAGAGGAGCGGGGAUUUACAGUAGCGGUCCAGAGGAGGGAUAAACAGCAGUCGAAACUUUAUCCAUGGCGCAGAUCAGGCCAGUCACCCAGGGCGCAUUCCACUGGCAGAGAAGCGAGAGUGGAGUUCACAACACGACACACUGAGAGUGCUCCUCUCUACCGUGCUGAGUCUAGUAAUACCCGAGGAGCAGGUUAUUAUUACCUGUGGAUUUAACUUUUUGCUUUUGACGAUGAGAAGCCUGCAGGAGCUGGAGUUACAGAAGCAUGCUGUGAUUUGACUGGUUUUGGAAAAUGGACAGCGAAACGCGCACAGAAAAGUUUGCGGACGAUUUUUCCCGAGGAUUGUGACAGACAUAAAGUGGUGUUCGCCAUGGCCGGUUGUGUCCGAUGGUGCCAUCGGACGUGUAUGUGCUGCAUGUCAGAGGAGGAGAAGAACACCAUCGUGUUGGACAAAGAAAUCCAGAAGAUUCUCCGGGAACAGAAAAAGAGAGAACGAAGGGAAAUCAAAGUUCUCCUGUUAGGCACGGGGGAGAGUGGCAAGACCACCUUCAUCCGCCAGAUGAGGAUCAUCCACGGCCGGGGCUUCACGGAUGACGAGAGGAAGGCCUUCGCUCAAUGCAUCUUCCAGAACAUCUUCACCGCCAUUCAGGCCCUGACCACUGCCAUGGAGGCCCUGAAGAUCCCUUACUCCAACACAGAGAACGAGAUGUAUGCUAAGUGGAUCCAUGAGGAGGACACUGCGAAAGUGACCCGUCUGGACCGCGGCUACGUGGACGCCAUCCGCCGGCUCUGGGCCGACGGAGGCAUCCGCAUCUGCUACGGUCGCCGCGGAGAGUACCAGCUCCUGGACUCCACCGAGUACUACCUGAGCAAUCUGGAUCGCAUCUCCACUCCAGACUACAUCCCAACUGCCCAAGACGUGCUGCGGGUUCGAUUCCCGACUACAGGGAUCCAUGACUACUCCUUUAACGUCAAGACCAUUACACUCAGGAUCGUGGACGUCGGCGGUCAGAAGUCUGAGCGCAGGAAGUGGAUCCACUGCUUCGAGAACGUCACCUCCCUCAUCUUCCUGGCCUCCCUCAGUGAAUACGAUCAGGUCCUGGAGGAGAGGGAUACAGACAACCGCAUGCUUGAGAGCCUGGCUCUGUUCUACACGACCAUCCACUCUCCCUGGUUCGCCAGCACGUCCAUCAUCCUCUUCCUCAACAAGACCGACAUCCUGGCCGACAAGAUCCAGACGUCGGACCUGCAGAAGUACUUUCCGGACUUCACGGGAAGGAGGCGGGACGCGGAGGAGGCCCAGCAGUUCAUCAAGAAGAGGUACGUGCAGCAGGCCAAGAACCGAGACAGGCAGCAGGACAGCAAGACCCUGUACCCUCACUUCACCUGCGCCACCGACACAAACAGCAUCCGCAAGGUGUUCAGCGACAUCAAGGACACUGUGCUGCUCAAGUCCCUCCUCGAGUAUGGGGUCAUCUGAGGGCUUCCACCACACGGCAGAGAGCAGGUGUUGGGGGAGGGAAGGACA